AUGUCGGACGCGGGCUUCCUCCCCUCCCCUUCUACCCCCCCACUCGACCACUGCGACUUCAGCGACUGGUCUCCUUCCUUCUCCAUCAUCCCGUCCGUCUACCUGCUGGCCUUCCUGGUCGGUUGCCUGGGCAACGGCCUGGUGCUGUGGGCCUACCUGGACCGGGCCGACGGGAGGGGAACUGGAAAACGCUGUUGCAUCCUCAGCCAGCAGAACACAAGCAGCGCGGGGAAGACGGAAAACCGUGGCUCUUCCUCCUCUCGCUCCUCCGCCUCGUCCUCUUCUCACCCCUCCACCCCCCGCCCCCCCCGCUCUCUGACAGACUCGCUCAUCGCCAGCUUGGCGUUGGCCGACGUCUGCUUCCUCGUCACUCUCCCUCUGUGGGCCGUCUACACGGCGAAGGGCUACCACUGGCCUUUCGGGCGACCCCUGUGCCAAAUCAGCAGCUUCCUCACCGCGCUCAACAUGUACGCCAGCGUGUUCAGCCUGAGCAUGCUCAGCGUGGAGCGCUACUGGGUGCUGACCGGACGCCGGCACUCCAGCCACCGCGCCCCGCGGAGGUGCCCCGGCAGGGCUUUGUGGAUACUUGGAGGGGUGUGGGUGCUGGCGGGGGUGCUGGCACUUCCCGCUCUGCUCCUGCGCUCAGUCAAGGAGGUGGAGCUCGACACCGAAUCCGAUUACGACUGGCGGCCGGAGCCGGUUCAUCCGACGCCCGACUCCGGAUCGCUGUUCCUCUCCUGCCAAAUGGAUUACUCCCCGCUGGUCGGAGCGGAGGUGGAGGAGGCCGAUCGAGAGCAGGCGGAGAGGUGGUGGGGGGCCGCGCUGAGUGUGAAAUCAACUCUCAUCGGCUUCCUGCUUCCUCUUGUCAUCUUGCUGGUCUGCUACUGCUCAUUGGCCCGGCUCCUAAACAGACAUUUUGGGCGGGGCCCGCGUCCUGACCGAAGGCGCCAGCGAAGACUCCUCAGGGUCAUCGUCACUUUAGUGAUGGCUUUCUUUCUGUGCUGGCUGCCUCUGCACGUCAAUAAGACGGUUGCCAUGCUGCUGGAGUUUGGUUUAGUCCCGUACUCCUGCUCUCUGGAUCAGAUCUCACUGGCUGCUCAGCCGUACGUCACCUGUUUAGCUUAUCUCAACUCCUGCCUCAACCCCCUCCUGUACGCCGCAUGUGACCCGUCGUUCCGGAAGAGGUGCAGACGAGCUCUUCUCCUGCUGUGCAGGACGAACAGGAGGGGAAGAGGAGGAGGAGCGCGAGAGGGAAGGGCGGGAAAGAAGGAUGAAGAAGAGAAAGAGGAAAGGAGUUCAGCUUUUCCGUCGAGAACACAGGAGGAAACAGCAGAGAAGACGGAGGGAGAAGAGGAAAUGGCUGGUGCCGUGACUGCUGAGAUUACUGCUUGAAAUGUAGGAAUCGUGUCUAAUUUCACAUCGUGGAACCAGGACAUCAAGCAAAGCCUGUGUGAUAUAAUUUUUCACUAUUUCAGUUUGAGAUUAUCAACAAUAGUGGCCCAAACUCAAACUGGAAAAGUUUCAGAGAUCAAUAGUUUUAAAAUACACAUCCUAAUCAAAUAAACAUCUAUGAUUCUAGAGAACAAAUUCCAAUCCCUGAUUUCAGAGAAAACAUUCCAAUCCCCAUAUUUUCCCAAAGGAACAUCCACCACUUCCUAAAAGUGGAUCAUCUUGCCAGAACAGCAUUUUCUCAUGCCAUCUGAUCUGUUUCUAUAUUGUGUACUAUAUAUACUCUCGGUGUUUACUGACUCUUUUUGCA